UCGCGUGUGCUGGCACGGCGCGCAUAUCGUUUCGCGUUCCGUGAUCGUGAUAAUCGACGAUGCGAGAUGUGUCGAUCGUAUCGGGGAGGAGAAACGCGUGCCACACGAACGUCGUCGUUUUAUUCGACGGGAACGCGUGAGACGCGUUACGUUUCAUGUGAAUUUUCACAGAAAAAAACAUGAGGGUAACGAGAGCUACGUUUAACGCGAGUAACGAUACCGGUAGGAAUUCCAAAAAAUACGCCGAAACUAUCGUCGUGACUAAAUUCAUAUUGAGGAUAUUGCGGUCGAUUCAUUAACGCGUUAUGCCUCGUCGUCACCGACGUCGCAAGCAAUAACGAGUAGGAACGUCUGACUUGGUUUGGUUUUUGUCUGAAAAUCGUUCGAUCAAUCGAUACCGGCUACGUUGCGUUCGUGUUAUGGUGGAGUGUGCUCGAUCUGAGACAGUUCUCGAUCAUUUCCGGGAUUACGAGACAAAGGGAACCACAAUUGCCGCCAAAUACGAGAGGCCUUGUCAUCCGCGUCGCACACUCAGUUGUUCGCAGCUCAUACAGCUGCAACCCAAUAACAUGGAUCAUGUAAACACCAUCUACUCGGUAUUCUCGAACUGACAGCAAGAAGACCUUUGACGGAGGUCUUUGACAAACCUCUUAUCAGACACCAUAGUGUUCGUGUUAUCAAUAGAAGAUGUAUAUCCGAGCGUUUCGUUGUUUCAUAUUUUGCUAAAAAUCGAAUUGAGACACUCGGUUGAAAGAAAUAGAGUCGAUGAAGAAUUCGAUCAUUCGGGUAGGCGAAUGAAAACGUGAAUUGUUGUUAAUAUUCGUAGUAGCAACAUCGGUGAACGUGCUUGUCCCUAGCGGUGAAUUAGAAAUGUACACGGUAUUGGUGUAAUGAUAUUAGUGUUUACAUGAUGUGAAUUCAGUAUGACUGGAUUAGCAAAUCGGAGCUCAUAGUAUUCGGAAACUUCGGCUAGUUACAUUGUCGAUUGCCCUGUGCCAAUUGGCAAUUAAACAGUAUUCCUUAAAGUGAAAUAAUGACGGAGUCGCCAAUACCCUCGGCCAGCAAUACUCAGGCUCACAGUCACGCUCCGAGUCACUCGCAAGCUCAAACUCAACAUCCAGACGAUAGGACCGAGAAGUCAGAAAAGGCUGUGCUUCUGCAAAUUCAGGAAAUCAACGGUCAAGUCGCGCAAUACCGCGAUUUGCUGAUAAACAUUGGCCAACCACGAGACUGCCCGGAACUCCGAGAGAAAAUCCGGAAACUGCGACGAAAUUGCUUAGAGGCGUGUAAAAGCACGACCCAGCUCGUUUUGCCGCAAGUGCGAAGAACUACGGAUAUCGGGAUUCCUAUAGACUGUCCGAAUUUGAUGCUUCUCUUUUACAUCGCUCAACUAUUCCUACGCGAGCUCUGCAAAACUAAAAACCUCAUUCGCGUCGUACCGAUGGACAUGACGGGAUACUUCGAGGCACGAACCGGUCCAUCCAACUUCGGCAACGUGAUCUCGCAGAUAGUCCUGUGCAAACAGAUCACACCAGACUUCUAUGAGGAAGAGCUGCACAGCAUCCAAAAGGACUCCGAGGAAAUUCGAGGUUUGAUCGAUGAACUGCAAGAGUUUAUGCCCCAGUCCGAUGGCGAUAUAGAAAAGUACGCAGCUCUGCAAAGCGCUGGAACUAGAGGCAACCGUACCAAUGGUAAACGGGUGCAUCGAUGGAACCAAAGCCAUGAUAGACCCAACAGGCCUAUUAGACAAUCGUCCUACUUUCGCGGAGCUUUGAAUCUUUUCUGCUGCGCCGCGAGAGCCAACUUAAACAACGUUUAAUCGAAUCGACUACGAACUUUCCGCCGCUCCACUACUCAUUUCAUUCCGAAGAAUUUUAAUUUAUUUUUCUCUAUUCACCGCAAAAACGUCUUAGAAGAUAUUAUUAAAAUUAGAAUUAGGAAGGGACGACGUACGUUGGCAUACAUGUUACAAUUAGUCUGUAAAAAACUGACAGUGAGGCUUUAGUUAGUUCGUAAGUGUAAACGUUGGAUCUCUAAGUAUGUACUUGUUGUAGAUACAUACAUGUAUUCGGUAAGCAUAUCUCGUUAAUGGAGUUUCGUUUUAUGGAAUUGUUUAGAAGUCUGACUUGAAUUUACGGUGUAGGUCUGUUUAAAAUGUUCAUAUCGACGUUGCGGUUACGCACAAGGAUAAAGAUAGAUCGAUUCCUCUAUGAAUAUAUCACGUCUUUUCCAGUUUCCCAAUAUGCACCUCGCAACAGUGGCACUAGUACAACAAUCACUUACAGGAGCGAGGUUGCCAUUCGGUUAAACACGAUUCGAGGUACGUAUUGUGCCGAACGGGUUUAAAUUUUUCGCCGAUCGUACAGUGUAUUACCACGUUGGAAAGUAGAGAAAUUCAAUGCCGAUUGAAUUAGAUGUAAACUAUUAUAAUAGUGGACCAACAUGAACUACGUAUCGUUCAUAUAUAAUAAAAGUAAUGCGACAAAAAUACGAUAGGUAAUUUUAAUACACUUUUGUGAAAAAAUUGUAUCUGUUUAAAUUGUGCCAUCGCUAUAGCAAAUUAGCGAUGCGGUUCUAUACAAGGUUUAUUUUAAUGUCAAGUAUAUUAUUAUAAAAAUGUCGAGAAGAAAAAAAUAUAUACGUGUGAAAUACAUAUGUACAUUUAGUUUAGA